UUGACUGAACUUUUUCAAGUCCUUUUCACUCACAGGACCACUGACACGGUUUGAGUGCGGGCACUCACUUCUGUUUCUCUCACACACUUGGACUGAGAGGGAGAGCUGGAUACCACUGACUUUCAAAGGACCCCCUCGUUCUAAAGUUUCUGGCUGCGGAGGUUUUUUUUGCGUGAUUGUGGAGACGUCUUUGUACAGUACCUGUCCCAUUCAGAAGAACGCAGAUCUGCUCUUCCCUGCAAGGAGCCCAGGGUCUGUUGGAAUCCAGUGCAAGAAAAAGAAAAGCUACCCAGCAUCCUGAGCAAGCUGACCCCCGGAAGACGACGCGAACAUGAGAGGCCUGUUAGUGUGCGCCACCGUGCUCUUAGCUCUGGCCAUCCUGUCAGAGGCCAGACCAAAAGCAGGUCAGCCGAAGUGCAAGUCUGGCCCCGUGGACCUGGUCUUCAUCAUUGACGGCUCCCGCAGCGUGCGCCCGCACGAGUUCGAGACCAUGCGCAAGUUCAUGAUCGACAUCAUCCACGAGAUGGACAUCGGGCCCAAGGCCACGCGCGUCGGCGUGGUGCAGUACUCCAGCCAGGUGCAGAACGUCUUCUCCCUGAAGAGCCACAACCGGCUGGAGGACAUGGUGAAGGGCAUCAAGGAGAUCGUGCCGCUGGCGCAGGGCACCAUGACGGGCCUCGCCAUCCGCUACGCCAUGAACGUGGCCUUCUCCGCCGAGGAGGGCGCCAGGCCCAAUGUGCCGCACGUGGCCGUGAUCGUGACGGACGGCCGACCCCAGGACCGCGUGGCCGAGGUGUCCGCCGCCGCUCGCGAGUCCGGCAUCGAGAUCUACGCCGUCGGAGUGGCGAGGGCGGAUCAGACGUCCCUGCGCGCCAUGGCCUCGCCGCCGUUCGAGGAUCACGUCUACCAGGUGGAGAGCUUCGAUCUGAUCCAUCAGUUCGGACUGCAGUUCCAGGAUAAGCUCUGCGGCAUGGAUCUGUGCCUGGACUCCGACCACGGGUGUGAGCAGAUCUGUGAGAGCUCUCCUGGCUCCUUCCACUGUCUGUGCAUGGCCGGAUACACGCUCAACGAGGAUGGAAAGACCUGCACAAUGAUCGACCUCUGUGCUGAGGGCAAACAUGAUUGUGAGCAGAUCUGCAACCCCACGCCCGGUGAAUUCACAUGUGCCUGCAACCCUGGAUACACUCUGAACCAGGACGAGAAGACCUGCACAAUGAUUGACCUCUGUGCUGAGGGCAAACAUGAUUGCCAGCAGAUCUGCAACCCCACGCCCGGUGAAUUCACAUGUGCCUGCGAGUUCGGAUAUACGCUAAAUAAGGACGAGAAGACCUGCACAAUGAUUGACCUCUGUGCUGAGGGCAAACAUGAUUGUCAGCAGAUCUGCAACCCCACGCCCGGUGAAUUCACAUGUGCCUGCGAGUUUGGAUACACCCUAAAUAAGGACGAGAAGACCUGCACAAUGAUUGACCUCUGUGCUGAGGGCAAGCAUGAUUGUGAACAGAUCUGCAACCCCACGCCCGGUGAAUUCACAUGUGCCUGCGAGAAAGGGUACACCCUGAAUGACGACAGCAAGACGUGCACAAUGAUUGACCUCUGUGCUGAGGGCAAACAUGAUUGUGAACAGCUUUGCAACCCGACGCCCGGUGAAUUCACAUGUGCCUGCGAGUUUGGAUACACACUAAAUAAGGACGAGAAGACUUGCACAAUGAUUGACCUCUGUGCUGAGGGCAAACAUGAUUGUCAGCAGCUCUGCAACCCGACGCCCGGUGAAUUCACAUGUGACUGCGAGUUCGGAUACACCCUGAAUGACGACGAUAAGACUUGCACAAUGAUUGACCUCUGUGCUGAGGGCAAACAUGAUUGUGAACAGAUCUGCAACCCCACGCCCGGGGAAUUCACAUGUGCCUGCGAGUUCGGAUACACCCUAAAUAAAGACGAGAAGACUUGCACAAUGAUUGACCUCUGUGCUGAGGGCAAGCAUGAUUGUGAGCAAGUUUGCAACCCCACGCCCGGUGAAUUCACAUGUGCCUGCAACUUUGGAUACACCCUAAAUGCGGACGACAAGACUUGCACAAUGAUUGACCUCUGUGCUGAGGGCAAACAUGAUUGUGAACAGAUCUGCAACCCCACGCCCGGUGAAUUCACAUGUGCCUGCAACAAAGGGUACACCCUGAAUGACGACGACAAGACUUGCACAAUGAUCAACUACUGCUCAUUCGGCAACCACAGCUGUCAGCAUGAGUGUGUCAGUAUCCUCGGUGGCUACUUCUGCCGCUGCCACGAGCACUACACCCUGCAGGAGGAUGGCAAGACCUGUCUGCCUGAUAACCUGUGCAACACUGUGGAGCAUGGCUGCGAGUUCCAGUGCGUCAGCACAAUAGGAUCCUACUACUGUGUCUGCCCCGAGGGCCAGCUGCUGCAGGAGGAUGGCAAGACUUGUGGAACCUGCAGGUCUGCCAACAUUGAUCUGGUGCUGCUGAUCGAUGGGUCUAAGAGUGUGCGGCCACAGAACUUUGAACUGGUCAAGCAGUUUGUCAACCAGGUGGUGGACUCUCUGGACGUGUCUGUGCACGGCACGCGCAUCGGCCUGGUGCAGUACUCGAGCCGGGUGCGCACCGAGUUCCCGCUCAGCAUGUACCAGACGGCGGAGGAGAUCAAGGCGGCGGUGCUGAACGUGCAGUACAUGGAGAAGGGCACCAUGACGGGCCUGGCCCUCAAGCACAUGGUGGAGAACAGCUUCUCGCCAGCAGAGGGCGCCCGCGACCCCGCCAGGAACAUCCCGCGCGUCGGCCUGGUCUUCACCGACGGACGCUCGCAGGACGACAUCACCGAGUGGUCCAAGAAGGCCAAGGAGGCUGGUAUCACCAUGUAUGCGGUGGGCGUUGGCAAGGCUGUGGAGGAUGAGCUGCGUGAGAUCGCCUCCGAGCCCGCGGACAAACACUUCUUCUACUCAGCAGACUUCACGGCCAUCAACCAGAUCGCAGAAAACCUGAAACUCAACGUCUGUGCAGAGGAGAGCCAGGGGGAGAUUGAGGUGAAGGAUCCGUGUGCUUGUGAGAGCCUAGUGGAGUUCCAGCAGGCUACAAUGGCAGCCCUGGAAACGCUAAACGCCAAACUGUCGACGAUGACCGCCCGACUGGAAGAUCUGGAGAACCAGCUGCUAACCAGGAAAUAAAAAAAGCACAAACUCCCGUCACCACCUACCUAUACCACCAACCGUCAACCGUGACCCUGCUUUGUUCGUCCCCAGACAAUCAGGAAAAUAUAAAGAAGGAAGUCCCGUCACUCAUCACAGACACUCUCUCUCUCCACUGCACUAAGGAGUCGUACAGACAGACAGACAGACAGACAGACUAACUAACAGAAUGGAACGGAACCAGGGUGACCCUCUAUAACGUGACACCACCCCACCCCACCCCACUCCACCCUGACUCCAGUCUUCAGCAGCGAGCGAGUGAGCGAGCUUGGUCUUCUCUGUGAUGUCACUGUCACCUCCAUUCUUCUUUGUAUACUCCUUUGCAGCCGUUUGGGAAGUGAGAUGAUGGGAUUUGUGUGAUUUGCUUGUGUUAUGGGGACUUAACUGUGAGAAGUGUGGAGAGGAGAGGAG